AUGGCGGAGGAGUUGUCAUCGGUUCGUGCAGAACACAAAUUUGAUGAGACUGCCCUUCACGAAUACCUAAAGAAGAACUUGCAGGUUUUUCCCAGAGGUCAUGGUACUUUGACUGUCUUGCAGUACAGGUUUGUAUUUGAUCUGAUUGUGUUAAUGAUCAUCCCUUCGGAUCUAUCGUCUUGCAUACCAGCUGAUCAAUUUCUCUGACGAGUGUCUGCUUUGGGGAAAGUGGUGCCGUUUUAAAGUGUGCUCUAUACUAAACUUGGUGGUUUUGUUCUCACUCUCCCUUGGUGCUUCACAUUCUACAAUAAUUUGUCUUUGCUACGAUCCAGUUGUUGCACAAUCUGGAUCUGAGUACCACCAGCCUGCGGCGGCGGGGAGGGAAAAGGAAGGAGAUCUUGCAACUACAUGUAUGUCUCUGGAAUUUGAAUUCCACGUCCAGUUCCCCUAUGGCUCCCCGUCAAUUGAGCUGUCAGAUUUCCGACAAUCAGGGCGAAGCAGAGAUGAGCACAAAUGUUAACAAAUAUUGAAAAACACAUACCAAGGAUAAUGACGUCGUUACUAAUGACAUCUUCGCUAACCAGCAUUUCUCGUCAACUUUUUGAUGCAGGUAUUUAAAUUCCAGAGAUGUAGUUGCAAGCUCCCCUUCCUUUUCCCACCCCGACGUGAGAGUGCUCUGGAGAGCUUGCUCACAGGCUAGAGUACCACCGUCACUCCUCGCCUCCCAUGUUGAUAACAAAAGCAGUACAUUCCUGAUGUUCCCAAUAAAAUACCACAUUGGUAGGGAUAUGAUUGCAAGUUAGUUAAUCCCCCACCACCCUUGUUUUCAAACAGUGACAUGCACUUUUUCCUGAACCAAAGGUCAUUUUAUUUUACACAAACACCCAACCUCUUCCCCUCCCAUCUUGAUGGGAUUUUCUGAGGGGAAGCUGUGUUCAGACUCUUUCAUACAUGUAGUGUUUCUAAAGAGAAACUUUGAUAUUAUUGGUUUUUUUUUAUCUUUUCUUCAUUCCAGUUCAUUUUGGUCUUUAUCUGAUUUGUCCAUAUCAGUGAGCAACGAUAUACGUCAAUUUUAUUAUUGAAAUGGAUCUUUUUUCAUUCCACCUGAUCACAACAUUUUCCUUUUGAUCAUAUAUUCUGGUGUUUGCAGUUUUAUUAGGUUGACAGUAUAUGUUCUUCUUUAGUUCAGGGCAGUCAAAUCCAACAUUCUGCAUGAGCAAGAAUGGAAAAAAAUUUGUGUUGAGGAAAAAACCCCCUGGAAAGCUGCUCAGAGGUGCUCAUCAGGUAUGCCUUGUUCAUACUUUAUAUCUUUGUCGUUUGAUCUCGUAAUUCAAUGUUUUGAAAAGGUCAUAGUCCCCUACCAUUAUAAGGGGUAACAACAGAGUCCAAAAUCACCUUCCUCCCUUUCCUUGAAUUCCCAGCUUCUUCCCUUCAGCACAAUAUAUAUUUUGAGAUAUUAAACAUUGUAUUUUUUGGCUGCAUGCCUCCCUCAAUUUCUUCUGCUUUCUCCCUUUGAGAACUGCCUACUCUUGUUUUUUCUCUUCCUGCCCCCUUUUCUCCCACAUCAUAUUUGGCAAUAGAGUAGUGAGAAGAGUAAGAAUAAUAUUGUUCAUAAUUUUAAAAUUAUUAAUCUGUUCAUGUUAUCCCUCAGCAGCAUGAUUGAUUGUUCUAAUGAGGCCUUAAAAUCCUGUUUUUUAAAAAAUAAAAAUGAAAAGAGCAGUUUAGACCUCAUUAGAACAAUAAUUUUUUAUUUAUUAUAUUCAUAUUUUUGGAGCCCAGACAAUGGUCUGUAAGAAUAAUUCUAUUGCUGUAAGAACUUUAUUUUGAUGUUGUUUGAGAGACUUUUUUUCAGUCUUACUGAGAUUUUUUUUUAUUGCAGGUUAAGAGAGAGUUUAGAGUGCUGUCUGCUUUGCAUAGCAUUUCUUUCCCUGUGCCCAAACCUUAUCUUUACUGUGAAGAUGCAUCUGUUAUUGGGACAGAAUUCUACAUUAUGGAUCAUGUUAAGGUAAGUCUUUGUCACCCUGCAUUGUUCCAUUAAAAAGUGUUUUUAACUUUUGGAAAAGCGUCAUCUGAGUUCUUCUUAACAAGGCUUUGGAGGUUUAAGCCCUUUCUUUGAUUGAAACAUUAAUUUUAAUAUGAAUGCCUUCCCUUUGCGACAGGGACACAUAUUUCGCAGACCAAAGCUGCCUUCUCACUCAGCCAGUGAGAGAAGGGUUCUUUACAACUCCAUGAUAUCCACUUUGGCUAGGCUGCACAGUGUCGACUGGAGAAGCUUAGGACUCUCAGAUUUUGGUCAUCAAACCAACUACUUAAGGAGAAAGGUAAGAUUAUCAAAAGUGAUUCAUUAGCAAUUUCACUGUAAGUAAUUUUAAGUUUCAAAUAAUGGUAAAAAUUCAUGAAAAUCUCACAUUUCUGUUGAUCUACCUAUAAUAGCAUAACAAAUAAAGAGCUCGGCUAGAUCAUAGUGCCUUUAGUUAGUUUUUAUUUUUUGUUAAGUCUAGACUUCAACUUGAAAAAGCAAAAACCUUUUAAAUUGGUUAGGUGAGAGCCAGCCACAUAAAAACAAAAGAUUCCAGAGGAUAAGACACCAUACUUUUAUACAUGUCACCAAGUCUCUUUCACUAUUCUGUUUCCUUGAACAAGAGGGAAAACCCCAUUUAUACUGUUCUAUUUAUUGUUCACCACUCUCAGUGUGUAUAGAAAGGCAUUACCCAAGGGUAACCCUUUGAUAGGCCAUGGUACCAUCCCUCUUGGAAAUGACAAUGUCUUGCAAGCUUUAUUUUUUAGAAUAAUACAUAAUUAUAGUAAAUGUUUUCAGGUUUCCACCUGGAGCAAACAAUAUAGAGCAUCAGCAACUCAGCCGAUAAAUGCAAUGGAAAAGCUUUUAUCCUGGCUGGAAAAAAAUAUUCCUCCUGAAAGCACACAAGAGACAGGUAUGUGGCUAGAUUUCACUAGAUACUCUGAGAAAUCACACCAUCAUUUCUUGACGUACGUGUGUAGAAAAGAGGUAUUUUCUGGACUUCAUGUUACCUGCUUUAAUCUACGUGUUUAGGUAAACUAUUUUUAGAGGUUAUGUUUUCAUCCUUUGUUCCACUUUAGCCAUUGUCCAUGGUGACUUCAGACUGGAUAACCUUAUAAUUCAUCCCAUGCAGGUAAGUGAUUUAAAAUUAAUUCUGCAAUCAGAGCAGUGCCAUAUAAAGAAGUUUGCUUUUCAACAAGUAAGAAACGUAACAUAUGGUUGCAGACAAGAGGAAUGUGUACAGGACAUUUUCAAAGAGAGGCGUCAAUAAUAAAAUAAUUUUAGAACUUUGCAAUGGUGCUCCAUAAAACAGGUCAUUAAAGAACUAAUGCUCACCAAAAAAUACUCCUAACAGAGGCUAGCACAUGAAAUGCACUGAUGAUCUCAAGCACUGUCUAACUUUUACAUUCAGCUAACUGUGGCAGCCGUUUUGGACUGGGAGUUGUCAACUCUGGGUGAUCCAAUACUUGAUCUUGCUUACAACUGUGUUCCUUAUCACUGCCCAAGUGAACUUGCAGACGUGCUUCCUGCAUUUUCCUUAGGUGAGUUUUAUCAAACUUGUUUGCCCAUUCCCAAAGUAUUUCAUUUUCUUGAAACUGCAACAAUGACAUGUCUUGGAAAAUGCUUCUGAAGGGAUUAACCCAUUGCUAUAUCACCAAAGCGACCUCAGCUCCCACUAAUAUAAAAUCGUUUUAUUCUUUAACUGUUUUAGCAAGUCCAAGUGCUGGUAUUCCAUCAGAGAAGGAGUUGGUCUCUACAUACUGCAAGCUUCGUGGCUUUAGUAAAACUUCAUUUCCAAACUGGAACUUCUACCUUGCUCUGUCUUUUUUCAGAAUGGCUGCUAUAGCCCAGGUUUAGUAUGGCAAUUUUUUUUACCACAAACAAGGCCCUAUAGGUGUUAGGAAGUUCUCCUUGGGGGCAGGGGAGUCACAUUAUGAAAGGAGAGUUACAGGUAAAAUUUAGAAUAUUUAAUGGAUGACAAAAUGUAUGUGACAUGAUUGAUUAGAUCAGGUUAAUUGUUAUUUAGCCAGCAAAAUUUGCAGAGAAGGCAUAGGCUACUCUCAAUUUUCAGGGGUCUGCUCUGGUUUCUGACGCAUCAAUCCCAGUUUCUUUGCUGUAGAUGAAACAUCACUAAAAAGACUUAGGUCACUUUUCAUUUGUCAUUACUGACCAGCCAGGCCAUUCUCGUCGCAAUGAGAAUUUCACUUUUAAUCAAAACUAUACAGCCAGAUCAGUCAAAUCCUAAAUAGUAUGCAUGAAGGAGAUGCUUUUUCAGCAAAAACCCUUUGGAAAAAGCUUAUUUCAUUUGCUAACUCACUGGUCUGGCAAUGGUCUGGCCGGCCAGUUCUGACAAAUGUAAAGCACCAUAUGACACCAAAUUUUUGAUUGGUUUUACAGGGAAUCUAUGCAAGAGCCAUGCAAGGCAAUGCUAGUGCACCGAAUGCUGCUUCAUUUGGACAAACUGUGCAGCCAUUGGCUGAAGCAGGGUUGAGAUUAGCUCUACAAGAUCAGUAAGUUGAAGCAUGAAGUUGCUGACUGUUUAGUCACGACCCAUCUGGUGUGAUUGUGAUACAUUUUCAUACUUUGUCAAGAAUUCCUGAUUUAUUGUCAUAAUCCUAACUGCUAUUGUGUGAGUGUGGUGUAAUUUGUCUAAGAAUAAUUUUUUUACUUUGUUUCAGAAAACCCUAUGUUAGUCACAGCAUUGCUCCACGCCAAUGUAACAGUACCUCAAUCUUUCAACCAUCUGAAAAAGCUCAAGCAUUGUAUUCCAAAAUGAAAGCAUUCAUGGACAAAUAUGUUUACCCAGCUGAACAGGUAAUAAUUUUAGCAGACAACAGUAUUAAAAUCAUACCCUGACCCCACCGGUUUUUCUUGAAAUUUUUCCCUGUGUGAGAGAGAAUGAGCCAUCUGAAGCAGCAAAAACAAGUCGCAAAGGUCCAAGAUAACCAAGGGGUUUUCUCUUCCUCCCCACAUUGCAAUUUGUUUUCACUACUUUGUAGCUUGUUCACUCAAAAUGAUGCUGAGAAAAAUUUCAAGAAAAACCUCUUGACAAGGGUAAUAAAAUGUUUCAGGCAGAGGAAAUUAUAUCUAUCAACAAUACAACUUUUGGAAACAUUGGAAAAAAAAAUUGGUAAUUUGAAACAUUAUUCUUGUCUAGGCCUUCUAUGAGCAUGCAAGCAAUCCCGAAACACAGUGGAGCAUCCCUCCUUUCAUGGAGGAGUUAAAGGUACUUACAGUAUUUUUUAAGAUGUAAAUGUGUAGAUUUUGAUUGUUUCCUUACUGAUGUAAGUCCACCCAGAACAUCUCUGGGAAAAAAAACCAAUCAUAUUUAUUGUGGAGUAUCAUCUUCUACAAUGCUUUUUUCCCAGCAAAAAGCAAAAUCAGAAGGCUUGUGGAACCUAUUUCUUCCUGGUGUAUCAGGUUUAAGUCAACUAGAUUAUGCUCUACUGGCUGAGAUUACUGGCAGAUGUCCUUUUGCUCCGGAAGUCUUCAACUGCAGUGCACCAGGUAAAUAAUCAUGUUUCUAUGGGACAAUGUUUUGCAAAGUGAAAUUAAUAAGGUGGCUCUGAAGUGUUUUCUAGAAAUGUUUGAGGUUUAAUGAAAGAUGUAUUGCAGUGCACGCCUGUCUCCUAAUGUACAUUUAUCCCCAGCAUGUUGCUAAUGAAAAUAGAGUUAAGAAAAGCAGUUACUUGGUUCUUAGAGCUGAAAGAAGGGCAGAUGUAAGCUAGAUGGCAGUGUGAUUUGUAGUCCGUUGUGAUAAAGAGCCAGUCACUGUUGCUUGUCUAGGGGCAUUUUGGCCAAUGAAAAUUAUUGAGGAAAGCGGCUUCAAAGGGAAAGGUGGGGAGUCUGUGGACCCUAAUCACUCUUAUCCUGUGUACAGCCACCUCUCCCCUGAAACAAAUCAAUUUUUUUCAAGGGGGUGGGGGGGGGCUGUACACAGUGUACCUCCUCCUAAGAACCUGUGAAGAGGGCAGCUUCAGUUGUGCUUCCUAUGGCCAUUUCUUUUGAUGACUGUAUUUGUGUUAUGUUUCCUCUAGACACUGGUAAUAUGGAGGUCCUUCAUUUAUAUGGAUCAGAAGAACAAAAGAAACAGUGGUUAGAGCCUCUUCUCAGAGGAGAGAUACGCUCUGUCUUUUGUAUGACAGGUACAGUAACAACAUUGAGGUUUGUUUUAAAACAAAGAGCAUGCUAAGUAGAUGCAUUAAGAAUAUGACCUGCUAGCGAGUGCACUGCAUGUAAGGGAGGGAGACACGAGUACAUUGCUUUUGUUCCUUUGAACAUUGCCUUCAAUUUUUUUGUUGUCUCAGAACCUGACGUUGCAUCUUCUGAUGCGACAAACAUUGAGUGUCAGAUCACCAGGGAAGGCAGCGAGGUUGUUAUCAAUGGAAGAAAGUGGUGGAGUAGUGGUAAGUGAAAUUUAUCUUUAAACUAUCAAUUUUAUCAACUGUAUUGUUUCAGUCGGAGAGCAGUCAACAUCAAUCAUUACGGACGAAAGAAAACUACCGCACAGAAGCUUUCAUUUGAAUGUUCACAACAUAGGAUUUCAUUCAUAGACUCAAAAGAUAGAACCACCUUGUACAGCAUAAUAAACAAUACCACAGGAAAGUACUGCUCAGUAGCUUUCAUUUAAAUGGUCACACUUUAGGAUUUCAUUCACAGACUCAAAAGCUAGAACCACCUUGUGCAGCGCAAUAAACAGUACCACAGGAAAGUACUUCUCAGUAGCUUUCAUUUGAAUGUUCAUACUUAAAUAAUCGAGCAACAAACACAAACCAUGUAAUGCCAUUAUUACGGCAAGAAAAAAAAUUAAAAGAAAACAGAGAUCAAUGCGCAUAAAACAAGUUCCUUAGAAGUACAAAUUAUUUUUAGCGGGACAAUACUAACAGAAUUCUUUUCAUAUCAGGUGCGGGAGAUCCACGUUGUAAGAUUGCUAUUGUAAUGGGAUGUCAUGCAGGUGUAAACUUACCAAAGUAAGGACAUGAAACUCUUUCUGGUAAAACAAUUUGUCAAUUGCCACAAUUUGUAGAUAAAAGUGCCCUUUGUGUUGAAAUUUAUCCUGCGUGACACGCGGAAAGAAAGAAGGGCAACAAGCGUGAGGAUGAGAGCAUCCUUUAUCGCGCGUGUCGUGACACCUUGCGGGGGCGGCAUUUCCUCGCGCCCUUUCGCGCCAUAUCUUGAGAGGCCCAUAUAUACCACUCUGGAAAUAACAACGAGAGAAUAAUACCUCUAGAGUAGUUUUGUUCGCCUUACCUGUGCACGAGUACAAGUAAAAUGGAACAGGACUACGACAUAACCUAUCCCUGUUACAAUGAGUAUGUUUUCCUUGUUCUUUCCUCGCUUUAUUGUAAUGAGAUUUCACUGUAGCAGUCUUCGCACCUCUUUUCAGGCACCAGCGCCAUACGAUGGUACUAGUCCCACUGGAUACCCCAGGGAUAAAAAAAGUCCGGGCCCUCACGGUGUUUGGCUACAAUGGUGAGUAAUUGCUUGUAUCGUCCUUACUUCUUUACCAACAGGUGACUCUCUCUUUCCUAAAGGUCGUUUUAGCUUGGAAAAGAGAAAAAACUAAACUCGCGAGAACUGUGGGAAGGAAUGAGCCCUCUUGCCUUCCCAUCGUUCACCACGCGCCCAUGUUUGCUUAUUGUAGCGACAGUUUUGCACUUUUGAGGAGUUAAGCCUCUGACAAGAUCCCGAAACCAACGGUCUCGUGAGUUUAACGCUCCCGAGUAGCUAGGGAGAAGAGCAUCGUUCCGCCCGAAAGUAUGAUUGAGGCCAAUUUGACGUAACUAGUAGGCAAUGACUAUUGUUAUGAGAUUGCCUUUUUUUCUUCGUCAUUUAACACUGAGAGGUUUAUCUCUGCUAUAAGACUUAUAACUAUUCCACAGCUUGUGGUAGGUAAGUAAUCCGGUCCAUUUUCCGCAAGUUUCUUUCUUUCCUCUUUGUUUUCCAUUUUAGACGCACCGCACGGCCACUUCGAAAUAGUGUUCAACAAUGUUCGUGUACCUUUGACGAAUGUUAUCCUGGGUAUGUAUACAAGAGUUAAAUCUCACGGUACUAUCAGUCACAUAGACGGAAGACUUUAUCGGCGACAUCGUGAAUUUCAGCUAUUAUUCUGAAUUUAUGAUGAACCCGUUGCAAAUUUAGUCUUCAAGUCUUCAAUUUUUGAGCUCGUCUUUAUCAACAAUAUUUAUUCGAAGAUUUACACAUGUUAAAUGAAUUGGAACUUCAAAAAUGAGUAUUUAAGUUUCUAUAUUACCAGCUAGCUAAAGUUAUUAUCACAUUUAUUUGAAAUCCUUGUGGACUCUAACCCCUGUUAUCUUUAAUAAUCCGCUAGGGUUUGGUCUACUUUUUCAUCGAAGGGUAUUCACUUUUAUGCUUUAUUUUGAAUUUAUUUAAAAGGGGAUUGCUAUGAACUAAUUUACCCCAGCAAAUUCUGCGAAGAUAUAAUGAGUUGAAAACGUCUUCCGUGUAAUGUUAAAAUAUUCAACUCUUCUCUGUUUUUUGUUUUUGUUGCUUUUGUUUCAUGACAGGGGAAGGGCGAGGAUUUGAGAUAGCUCAAGGCCGUUUGGGGCCUGGGCGAAUUCACCACUGCAUGCGUUCAAUUGGACUAGCAGAGCGAUCACUCGAACUUAUGGUUCAGCGGUCUUUAGAGAGAGUGGCCUUUGGAAAGCGUUUGGCCGAAAAGGUUUGUAGUAGAAGGUUCAAGGUCCUGUUACACGACUGAAUCUGUUAGCCAAACAUGUCAAUGAGAUCCUACUUGUAGCUAAAACGAGUACGCCGGACGAUAACGUUGAGAAGUUUUGUUGCCAACGAGGCUUUGGGACUAGGCAAGGCCAUCAGUAGUAAUACCACUUACCUCAAUAAAUUACACUCGUGAUAAGGAACCCGUCGCAUGGGAGUCUUGUCAUGUAUUGCAGUUACUAAAACAUAAUAAAUAAUAAUAAAAUAUUUAUAUAGCGCUUAUACUUUUCAGCGCUAAUCACUGAUGUUUCUUUAGGGAAUGGUACAGGAGCAGAUCGCUCUGUCAAGAAUUGAAAUUGAACAGGCCAGACUGCUUGUGCUGAAGGCGGCACACACCAUCGAUUGCCAUGGAAACAAGGUUGCAAGAAAACAGGUGGUUAUGUCAGCAGUAUUGGGAGCACAGGGCAACCAGAGAUGUCGGGAAUGUCACUCAUGUGUUACCCCUUAGUUCUAGUUUACAGUUUAGUGUGACUUAAAGUUAGCGACCAAGCCGAAUUGAUCUUCGUCAGUUGUUGCAACGUGCCUUCUUCGUUGGGAGCUUAAGCAACGACGAAGGCGACAGCCAUGAGAACGACAAAUAAAACAAAAGGUUUACAGGGUUUCAUACGGGUCAUGGAAAACCUGGAAAGUCAUGGAAUUGAAGUAUUUCAUUUUCAAGGACUAGAAAGGCAUGGAAUUUAAUUGUCGGUCCUUGGGAGUCAUGGAAAAUUAAAAUUUUGUUUGAUAGACUAGUUACUGCCGAUGACAAGGCAAGGACAAUAUAAAAUAGAGAGAAGUGAUUGAACAGCGCGAACGCACGCAUUUUGGUGGACACCAGAGUUUGUGUCUGUUGAACUGUUUAAGGUCCAAAAAUACCCUAAAACAAGGAAAGUCCUAAAAAGGUUUGAAAGUGACAGCUAAACCUAAAGUCUUGGAAAAGUUUUAAAACGACAUGGAAAAAGUCAUGGAAUUUGAAGUGCUCAAAAGAGUACGAACCCUGGGUUUAUAAUUAGAUUGGAAAAACAACAUUUUUGCACGUGCAUCACGCUUUUUUGUACAUUUCUUUGCCGUCGCUACACGGCCACAACCGGUGAAAGUGCCUAAUUUCACGUUUUGUCCAGGACGUGAACGAAGACAACGACUUUCUUGUUCUUUUCCUGAACUUUAAUAUAGUGUUUUAGAAUUCAACUCCAGAAAUUUUGCCAACAUCUGGCGAAUUGAACGAGUUGGAAUAAGCGCGAUAAAGUUUGAAGCAGCGCGAAUUCACGUUUAUAGUGACGCUUUCGUAGACCUCGCCGUACGUCGUUGUCGCGUAAGCUCCCUAAUGUUCUCUAUCUCAACCUGAAGUUUUUCUGGCGGCUCUGUGUGAAAGAAAGUACGGAGCUGUGAACACGAAUGAAACAGCUGAACCUUUUCUUGUAUAUACCUCUUUUUUGGUAAUUAGGUAGUGUACUGUUAUAGCAAGAUUAGUUUGAUGGCGAAAAUUUCAGUAGUGAUCUGUCUUGCCAUGACAAAUGAUACUGAAUUUGCUUACUUGGUGAACCUACCAAAUUCCAGCGGAGAAUUGGUUGAAAAAGAGUGGCACAAGACUGUUUUACAUCGAUUGAGAACUUCACUGUUUAACUCUUGCAGAUUGCUAUGGCAAAGAUCGUAGUUCCUCGCAUGGCCUGUAACGUCAUUGACCGAGCGAUUCAGGUGCAUGGUGGGAAGGGAGUAUCCCAGGAUACACCGCUGGCUUAUUUCUAUACAGGAGCUCGGAGUCUGCGUAUUGCUGAUGGCCCGGAUGAGGUUCAUUUAGAGGCAGUGGCUAAACUUGAGCUGAAGGAAGCACUCAAGUCCAAGAUGUAACCUGCUUAUACUAUCGAUUUGGUAUAACGAUGAAUCAACUGAUCGUUUACAUAUGAACAUAAAUAUUUUAUAAGUAGAAGGAGUCUGAUCGUCCACGUGAUCGUAGCCCUGAAUGUAAUUUCAAAUUCAGUGAUGGAUUUAAGAGGGAAGACAGCGAUGACGUCGAAAUCUCUCGUUUUCCAUCAGUACAGAGGUUUAAAUAACCACGAUGAUGAAUGCAGCAAGAGCAGCUCAAAACUAACGGUUUGAUGAGGCAAAACAAUACCUCUGUUCGUGUGCUUU